UAAAUUCUUAUCUUCAUAAAUUUCACCUCGUUUUCCUUAAAGUUUUAGUAUACUUGUUUUUUGUGAACAUUAGUGAUUGAGUACUACAGGACUUCGGGUGCUUUCUAUAGGCCUCAUAAAUAUAAUAUAUAAAAUCACUAUUUUGAUUCAUUAAUUUUUAAUUGAAAGAAAAUGUUCUUGUGUAGAAUUCUGUUAUAGUGAUAUUGAGAAAUUAUUGGAUGUUUUAGCAAUAAGUAAAAGAAAUAUUAAUGAUAUUGGAUUUUCUUGUCAUCAUACUCCUCCUUUUCCAUAAUCAAGUACAGGAUUUUGCAAAUUGAGGGAAGUAAAUAUAUUGCUUGUAUUUUAUAAUUAAUCAUAAUUUAAUUAUAGUUCUGAAUAGUCAUUACAGUGAUAUACAUUAUAGAGCAUUCACAUAAAGAUUAAUUUCCCUAAGAUAACAAACAGAACUUCUCAAAUGAUUUGUUAUUUUUAUUUGCUGUAACAUUAGCUUACAAACCAGUCUGUGAACUGCUUCUAAAUUUAUUAUGGACAGCAUACCUUACUGAGCUUUCUUAAUAUUACUGUUUUAUGAAAGUUAUGCAUCCCUGAAGUUGGAAUUUAAUUAGUAUACCAGGUACCAGAAACUUCCUUAGUCCUUAGGUUUAUCACUAAAGUUAAAUUAGUGUUUGUGGGAAACAUGGGUAAACAUAAACAUCAUUAACAAAUUGGAGAAAUUAUGGAUUUUGAUAGUAAAAAAUAGGGAGAGGAAAGUAGAAGAAAGGACCAAUUCACAGUAUACAUGAAGAGUGGGAGAACAUUAACCAGCCUCACAGACCACUUCCUACUACUGAAUGGGAACCUCUUCGUAAUCUUUCUUCAUAAUAGGUUUCACAGAAAACUAUUUGUGAAGUAUUUAUUAAUAUAUUUUUUAACUCAUGAUAAAAGAAAAUUAUAAAAUUUUACAUCUUCCUAAAUUAUAACUUUGGUCAGAUGGCACACAUCUCCAUACCGUUUUUUUUUUUUUUUUGAGACAGGAGUCUCACUAAGUUGUUGUGACUUGGGAGACUGAGGCAAGAGGAUUACAAGUUCAAAGACAGCCUCAACAACUUAGUGAGACUCCUGUCUCAAAAAAAAAAAAAAAGUUAUGGAGGUGGGUUUAGUGGUAAAGCCCUCCUAGUUUCAAUCCCCAGUACCCCCCCAAAAAAAUUAUUUUGAAUGUCUACCAGUGCAAGUAGUAGUGAUGAUAAAAUAUAAAUAUUCAACAUCAAAAAUUUCACAUGUUAUUCUCCUUCAUAGUCAAAGAUGAUACUUUGAGCUGGGCUUGGUGGCCCACGCCUGUAAUCCUAGCAGCUAGGAGGCCGAAACAGGAGGAUCACGAGUUGAAAGCCAGCCUCAGCAAAAGCGAGACGCUGAGCAAUUCAGUGAGACCCUGUCUCUAAAUAAGAUACAAAGUAGGCCUGGGGAUGUGUUUCAGUGGUUGAGUGCCCCUGAGUUUAAACCCUGGUACCCCCCACCCAAAAAAAACAAGAAAUGACAUUUUGAAUUAGCAAAGUCAGUCUCUGACUUCUCUUUUCUUCUACAUUUCAGCCAUUAAUAAUAUAACUCAAACCCCUUUAAGUUUCACAGUUAAAUUUUGAGGCCAGUUAAGUUUGAAGUUGGCUUGAAACCUUUGUUGAACAUGAAUCACUCCUAAUUUAUUGAGGAUUUUUGCCUACUAUAACUGAUUCUCCUUUGUUCACAGAUAUGCUACAUAAUGUUUCAUUAACUCCUUAACACUUUUCUUCCACCUUCCCUGCUUAUCAUUUGUGCUUUCUACAGUUUAGGAUUCCUUUAGAAUCCAUUUUCUGCAUCAAAACUAUGUGGAUUGAUUGGCAACAUUCUAAGACCUCGUUGCAAGAGGUCCUGUCCCCCAGUUUGAUGAUGUUCAUGGAGGCAGGUAAGUCAGAAGGUCAGAUUUUGGAGUCAUAUAGGAUGACUACCCCCAAAGUUUCCUGUUCUACAGCUCAGUAACUCUAAAUACAAAGGAGCUAGGAAUGUGGAAUUGAAAUCCUGAAUCAGCAUCCAUUACAAGAAGGAAUGAGAAGAUAAUGGGUUACAUUGAUUCUUUUCUGUUUUCUGUUUCUAGGAAUAAUAGGCAUUUUCAUUCAUUAACUAAAAUGUUAUUCUUAAUUAUAUUAAUAUUACAAAAAGACUUAUUCCUUUUUUGAUGGAAUAAAUGUGCAUUGGAAUGGAAUGUCCUUGAUGAUACUCUCACUUAGAGAAUAGCUUACUCUCCUUUUAAGAAAAGUAAAUUAUUAAUUCUGGAUAUUUCCCCUACAGUUGGUUGUCUUUUGUGCCAUUGAAUGACCAUUUCUUUUUUCUUUUCUUGGAUAAUUAUACUUGUAUUUAAACCUGGAUUGGACAUAGAUGAGUUCUAUUUAAGCAGUGCUUGUUAUGCCAGAAAAGAACAUUGGACUUGGGGGAACUCAUGCUGGGUCUAGAUUGAUAUCCACAAACUCCAGAGACUCCUGUACCCUCCGUCAUAGUGCCUGCCCUUUCUAACCAACUAUUGACUUCUAAACUAAUCCCAAGGAUUUUUUUUUUUCUUUUUAUUCCUCUGGUGCUAUAAACUGAGCAAAAAUAUUACCUUGAGAGAAGUCCAAGAAGCAGUAGGUUUCAUCUUCCCUCAGUCUGCCCGGCUUUUGGUGAGUUUGGGAGUGUUGACAGUCUUGAGCCUUCUUGGCAAAGUCAGGGUCAGAAAGAGAAUCCCUUGGGCAGGGGUCCAGAUUCUUACUUGCCUGGUUAGGGAGAAUUCAGUUUUGGUUGGCUGGCUGACUGGCAGGACACACUUAAUCACUGAGACCCAGUAUUUCAGCAGUUUGUAGAGGAAAGUGAUAUGAAGGAACAGCUGCAAGUAAGCCACAACCUGGAUCUGAGAAGAUCAAGCACUCACUUCACUUGAAGGAAAGAGAGAAGGAAGGAAACCUAGGGCUUAGCAGGGUAAGUUACUUUCCCAUCAACCUGUCUUCUUCCUUAGUUUAUAAUUGAGUAAAGUAUUUAUCACCCCAGGAAGUGUUAAUCACUGAUUAAGCAGCUGAAUCAUAAGAGCAAUGUUCUUAAUUUCUUUCUUUUUUUCCUUUUGUCUUUCCCUACCCCUUUGAGGAUCCCCAGUGACCAGCUUUACUCCUCCUCACCUCACCAGAGAUACUUUGUGUUUGCUAAUAAAUCAGAGAAAUUUAGAUGGGUCCUAGUGGUCUGCAUUUAGAUGAUGGUGAUUUAGGUGAAAAUUGGGGCUUUUAUUGGUACGGGAGAAAAAUGGUAGUCCUCUUGUCUAGGAAUAGGUUAAUAUUUUAGUUUGUAAUUUGGAGAUGAAGGGUAUAACUUUUUCUAGGCAGUCAAUUUCAUAUCUCCUUCAUAGAACUUGGUGUUGGGUGUUUUCUCUUUAAAAUACUGGGAAUAAGUUGGAGCCUAAGUCACUAGGGAUGACUAGGAAAAAAAUCUAAGGUGAUUCCCUUUCUAGGUAAGAUAGAUUGAACUCUGGAAAGUUCUGAGAGCUUACCACAAUUCUUUGCAGUUUCACUCUCGUCACACUUCUGUUUUUUUUUCCCUUUGCUUCUGUUUCUACUCCUUGAACUUGGAGGAAUCUGGGGCUCUUGGCAGGAAAGUUAGAGCCAGGGAAGCUGUAUUUGGACCUGGGAUACACCAGCUCAGACAUGACCCUAAUGAAACUUACAGAGAUGCAAAUGCAAAGCCUUGCUUCUUAUUCCUGCCAUAUUACCUUCCUGUCAGAAUGUUAGCACGUUUGUCCCAUAGAUCAUCAAUAUACACUAGGCAUAGCAAGCCUGUGACAUUAAGGAUUUCAUCAUUGCCAAUUCUUUUCACCAAGCUGUAUGCUCCUUUUAACUUCUAGCUGGUUCUAUUAACCCCGUUUUACCAAAAGUUAAUCUUCGAAGAGUUAGUCUUCCAUUGGAGAAAGACAUCCUUGGAAAUGGAGUUGAAGCAAUACCUUUUGGACCUUAAUUGGCUUGCAGCAAAAAGGCUUAUAGUUUAGCAUGGGGAAGAUGGAGAUAAAUCCUGGAAUUCAAGACCUUUAAAUUGUCUCAAAUUAAAGAUACUUUCCUUUUAUAACAGUAAUGGGGGAAAAGUGUAUUUUUUAAACCUUUUAAAAAUUUUUUUAGUGAUGGUGCAAAUUGAGCUCAGGGGCACUGUACCACUGAGCCACAUCCCCAGCACUUUUUAUUUUGAGGCUGUGUCUGGCUAAGUUCCUGAGGCUUUUGAUCCUUCUGCAUCAGCCUCCCAAGUAGCUGGGAUUAUAGGUGUGUACCACCACACCUGACCAUUCUUUCAACUUUUAAGGUGUUAUAUUGACUUGAAAUAUGGUAAAUAGAGCAGAUAAAUGUUUUUUGUUUUGUUUUGGUUUUUUUAGAGUGGCAGUUAUUCUGGAAAUACACUGAGAAUGUGUGGUGAUUAAAAGUGGAGGGUAGAUGGGCAGAGUGGUAGAAGGUAGAAGGCUUGUGGUAGAAUGCUUGCCUAGCUCGUGUGAGACCCUGGGUUCAAUCUAUAUUACCAUAGGCACAAAAAAAUAAUAAAAAGUUUAAAAUGGAAGACAGGUCAGUUAUUGGGAACAGGGUUCUAAGGUAUGACAGGCAAUUCUAUCUUCUCUUUAGGUAAAGGGGCAUGACCCUUAAACCUUAAUAUAAUCAACUAUUAUUAGAUGCAGUAUUUUCUUCAUUGGCAGUAAUGUACAGAAUAUGGUAUGCACAUGAGCUUAGCUAUCUCUGUUCUGUUGACUCAAUCCAUUCACCAUGGAUUGAAGGGAGACAUUGAAAGGGUAGAUGGAAACAUAAGGGUGAGAGGAAAGAAAGUAUCAAAGGAAGUAUAAAUUUAUUCUUUAGACCAGGAGUUUGUAAGAGCUGUAUAAAACACAAGUAUGAACUGAAUAAUUAUGAGAAAUUUUAUUUGUUUUUACCAUCUACAUCUACCUCAGGUAAAUUAUGAUUCUUGGGUUUUUAUCCUAACACAUCUGUUUAGAAGGAUCAAAUGUCAGGCCAUUUUGUAACAAAACAUGAUCCAUGAUUUGAACUUUGUUACCUUGUUCAUAGUGAAACCAACUGCUGCCAGUGUUUUUAUCCUGUAUCAUUUCCCCUCCCUGUAGGCAGUUAAUCUGGAUAUUAAUAACUUUUUAGCCUCUCUGGUGUCUAUAGAUUCUCUCCUUUCUUUCUUCCUCCCUCCUGCCCUCCCUUACUUUUUAGUUUUAAGGUGAAAUUCAUAUAACAUAAAAAUAAUUUUAAGUUAGCAACUGCAUGCCGUUUAGUACUUUUCAGUGUUGUGCAACUACUACCUCUGUGUAGUUCCAAAAUAUUUUCAUUGCUCCAAAAGAAAGCCCCAUAAGUGUUAAGCAGUUACUUCUCACUUCCUUGGCAACCCUCAAUCUUCUUUCUGCCUCUAUUCUUGGUAUUUCAUAUAAAUGGCAUCAUAUAACAUGUAACCGUGUCUGGCUUCUUUCACUUAGCAUAAUGUUUUUGAGGUUCAUCUACAUUGUAGCAUGUGUCAAUAUUUCUUUUUUAUGACUGAAUGAUAUUUACUCAUAUCUCUCUUUUGUCUGUUUCUCUCUCUGUUUGUGUGUGAUCUCAAUAUGUUUACCCAUUUAUCUAUUGGUAGAUUUGUUACUUGUUUCUAUCUUCUAGCUAUUAUGAAUGGUGCUGCUAUAAACUAUAAGUCGUAUAAGCCUUUGGGCACUCAUUUUUAAUUAUUUGGUGUAUAUACCUAAAAACGAAAUUUGUGAGUCAUAAUAGUAACUAUAUGUCUACUUUUAGAGGAACUGUCAUACCCUUUUCCACAGUGCCCUAGCUAGCUAGGUGCACCCAUGCGUGUAAUACCAGCUACUCGGGAGGAUGAGGCAAGAGGACUGAAAGUUCAAGGCCAACCAGGGGAAUUUAGCAAGAUCCUAUCUCAAAAUAAAAUUCAAAAGGAGAUAUGGAUGUAGCUUAUUGGUAAGAGUACUUGCCUAACACAUCACAAGGCCCUGGGUUCAAUCCCCAGUACCACCAAAACAAUUAAGAACAAAACAGAAAAUAGCAAAUGUUGAUGAGGAUAUAGAGUAACUGGAACCCUUGUGCACUGUUGGUAGAAAUGUGAAAUUUUCCAUGGUGAGGGCAUUCAUGGGAAAGAUUAUAGCAGUUCCUCUAAAAAUAAACAUAUAAUUACUAUUAUGACUCUCUAAUUUCAUCAACAUUUGCUUCAUGAAGUCUUUCUAUAGCUCACCUACUAGAGAGACUCUCUGUCUCAUUGCCCAUUAGUGCUUUAGUUGCACUUUGCUUAGAGGAUUUUUAUAGUACUUUAUAUUAUAGUCUAUAUUUAAUCCCCCUGCAAGACAUUUUGAUGAUAUAUUUUUUCAUACUUGUUUCCAUAUAGUAUUGAAAGUGAUUUUAUCUGUCCAUCAAUAAAUAUAUAUUGAAUGAGUGGAUGUUUUAAUUUUUACCAAUGUGGUCCCUUGUGUCUACUCAACCCUUGUGGAAAGCGUGGGAGAAAACAAGGCAGGAGAAUUGGACUUUAGAGUCUCAGCUCAGUAAUAAGUGGGAAUGGCCUUAUUUUUACUUCAAAACUUAUCUCUUUAGGUAAUUUUCUUCAUAAUUUGCCUGACUUGCUUAGAAUAUGUAACUCUUUGCAUUAUGCUGCUCGUUUUGUAUUGCAUUUAAUUUCUAUUUCUAUUGGUUUAUUGCUUAUCAAUGUGAUGAUAGGUCUUUUGGAAUGAAUGUUUCAUCUUUCCACUUCUCUUUUAAGUUGAUUUAAAAAUACAAUAUGCUGCUGGAUGUUGUGGCACACAUCUGUAAUCCCACAGACUAUAUGCGAGUCUGAGACAAGAAGAUCACAAGUUCAAGGCCAGCCUCAGCAACUUAACAAGGCCCUAAGCAACAUAGCAAGACCCUGACUCAAAAUUAAAAAGAAAAAGGCCUGGAGGUGUGGCUCAGUGGUUAAGAGCCCCUUAGGUUCAAUCUCUAGUAUGAAAAAAAAAGUAUAUUAAUAUAUAAAUAUAUUCUCCUUAUAGAAAAGUUAAAUAUAACAGAUAAGACUAAAGUCUCAUUGAUCAGUACUUUUCAUAUUCCACUGCCUUCUUCCCCUAUUCAGACUUAAUUACUGUCAUCAGUUUUCUAAAAGCCCUGACAUAACUUUUUCUGUGCACUUACAUAUAUAUGUGAAAAUACAUAUGUAUAUUUAUAUAUGGAACUUCAUAUAUAGCACAUGUAUAAAUUUAUAUUCAUAUACAUUUAGUUUUAUUUUUCACAACUGUCUGUGAUGAUCAACAAUCCAUAAUUACUAAAUAAAUCUUACUACUAACCUGACUAGAACAGGAAGUAAAAGGUCAAACAUUUGAAAACAUGUGUCCAGCUUGCAGAAUUCCAUUCCAUAUCUGUUUUGCAUACAGUUCCCAGGUAUCAUUGGACAGGUCAUGGCUCCACGCUUACGGCGACGGAGGCACAAGAAAUCCCCAACAGUGGCUCCCGUGGUUGUGAUCCCUCCCACAGUUGUGACUCCUCUGCCUCUGACUCUCUCAAAACCUGGCCCUAGCAUUGAUGCACAUGGCUUCUUCUCCUUGGACAGUAAUGUUCCUGGUCUGUCCCAGCUGAUCCUUCAAAAGCUGAACAUGAAAAGUUAUGAAGAAUACAAGUUGGUGAUAGAUGGGGGUAUCCCUGUAUCAGGCUUUGGAUUUCAAUGUCCUCAAGAAAUGUUCCAGAGGAUGGAGGACACAUUCCGAUUCUGUGCUCACUGUAGAGCACUCCCUAGUAACCUUUCAGACUCCAAAGUUCUUCAGCACUGUAAGAGGUGCAGAAAUGUCUAUUACUGUGGCCCAGAGUGCCAGAGGUCAGAUUGGCCAGUACACAGGAAGGUUUGUCAAGAGCUUCGUCUUGUGGCUGUGGAUCGUCUCAUGGAAUGGCUUCUGGCCACAGGUGAUUUUGUCCUACCCUCAGGACCUUGGUCAUGGCCGGCUGAAGAUGUACAGGACUGGAAUACCUGGUUUUCUAUGAGGGGGUUGCAGAUAGAUGCUACACUGAAUGCUAUACUAGGCAGUCAUGCUAUGACCUCCUUAUGGGCCAGUGUAGGAAGGCCGAGGCCAGACCCAGAUGACUUGAAGGGCUCUUUGAGGCGACUCCUGACAGAUGUUCUGUCACGGCCUUUGACUCUGGGCCUAGGGUUUAGGGUCCUAGGGAUAGAUGUUCGGAAGACUGGAGGAAGUGCAGUGCAUGUGGUUGGUGCGUCCCACGUGGAGACAUUUCUCACUCGUUCUGGGGACUAUGAUGAGCUUGGCUAUAUGUUUUCUGGACACCUUGGCCUCCAUGUGAUCAUGGUGGGUGUAGAUGUGUCUGCUGACUUUUUACACAGCACCUCAGCUUCACCUCUGGAACCUGGCACAAUUCAGCUUAGUGGCCACAGGAGCCUCUAUCAUGACUUCUGGGAAGAGCAGAUAGAGACUGGGAAGAUAGCCUAUCCAGAUAUGGUGGUGGCAUUCCAUCCAGGUUUCCAUGCAUCCCUGAACUUGAUGGAAGCUUGGCUGCCUACCCUGCUGCUACUUCGUGACUAUAAGAUCCCUACAUUGAUUACUGUUUACAGCCAUCAGGAAUUGGCAGCCUCUUUGCAGAUUUUGGUGAACCUUGAUAUACACGUCACUGCAUAUGGAGCUAACCCUUUCACAUCCCUCAAACCUGAACAGGUCUAUUCCAACCCCAACAAGCAGCCAGUAUACUGCAGUGCCUACUACAUCAUGUUUCUUGGAAGCUCCUGCCCGCUAGAUAGAGACAAUUAGAAGAGAAAGUGGAUGGUGUGGCUUAAAUAACUGAGCCAAAUCUUAACUGGACAUCUGGAAAGUAGGGAAGUUAUAAUGAAAUUACCUUGAUGAUGCCAAAUUAUUGCCAACUUUAAAACAUACUGUAUUCUAAGCUCUAUUCACUGCCUAGGUACAGAUUGUAGACUGAAUAAGAGCUCUACUACUUAUCUAACAGUUUGGGCUAGAAAAUGGAGAUGUCAAUAACUUGAAAGUCAUGUAAGAAUGGGAAAAUUGGGCUGGGGAUGUGGCUCAAGUGGUAGCGUGCUCGCCUGGCAUGCUUGGGGCCCGGGUUCCAUCCUCAGCACCACAUACAAACAAAGAUGUUGUGUCUGCCGAAAACUAAACAAUAAAUAUUUAAAAAAAAAAAUUCUCUCUCUUUCUCUCUCUCUUUAAAAAAUAAAAAAAAAUAUAUAAAAAAAAAGAAUGGGAAAGUCAGGGAA